ACAGCCAGUUGUUGCUGAUGGGUGAGGUAUCAGUGGAACAGGAGCAGAAGACAGGCAGAAUGAGUGUGUCCCGAAGUAUGCCACUCAUACAUAUUUUGAUAAUGACAUAAAUGCUUUGCAUGUAUUUAAGUAAGCUGGAGUAGCUGAUGUCUCACCAGAUGUGGAUCAUGGAUUUUCCAGGACAUUUUGAGCAAAUCUUUCAGCAGCUCAACUACCAGAGGCUUCAUGGCCAACUUUGUGACUGUGUCAUUGUGGUGGGAAACAGGCAUUUCAAAGCCCAUCGCUCUGUUUUGGCAGCAUGUAGCACACAUUUCCGAGCUCUGUUUACUGUAGCAGAAGGAGAUCAGACUAUGAAUAUGAUUCAGCUGGACAGCGAAGUGGUGACAGCAGAAGCUUUUGCUGCUCUGAUAGACAUGAUGUAUACUUCCACACUAAUGCUUGGGGAGAGCAAUGUUAUGGAUGUCUUGCUGGCAGCUUCUCACUUACAUUUGAAUUCUGUUGUUAAAGCAUGCAAGCACUACCUUACUACCAGGACACUGCCGAUGUCUCCACCAAGUGAUAGAGUUCAAGAGCAAAAUGCACGCAUGCAGAGGUCUUUCAUGCUGCAGCAGCUUGGACUGAGCAUUGUGAGCUCUGCCUUAAAUUCUACUCAGAGCACAGAGGAACAACCAAAUACUAUGAGCUCCUCUAUGAGAAGUAACAUUGAACAGCGCACUACUUUCCCUAUCCGUCGUCUCCACAAACGUAAACAGUCUUCUGAAGAUCGGGCCAGGCAGCGCAUUAGACCUACCAUGGAUGAGUCUGUUUCUGAUGUGACUACAGAGAGUGGGCAGUCAGUAGUUCAUUCACGGGAAGACUUCUUCUCACCGGAUUCACUGAAGAUUGUGGACAACUCUAAGGCUGAUGCUGUUGCUGAUAACCAGGAGGAUAAUACUAUUUUGUUUGAUCAGUCUUUCAGUACUCAGGAAGAUGCUCAAGUGCCCAGCCAGUCUGACAACAGCGGAGGAAACAUUUCACAGAUGUCUAUGGCAUCCCAGACAACACAAGUGGAAACCAGCUUUGACCAGGAGGCUGCUUCUGAGAAGAACAACUUCCCAUGUGAGAAUCCAGAGGUCAGCAUGAAUGAAAAAGAGCACAUGAGGGUGGUGGUGAAGUCUGAGCCCUUGAGUUCCCCAGAGCCUCAAGAUGAGGUGAGCGAUGUCACUUCCCAAGCGGAGGGGAGCGAGUCUGUUGAAGUGGAAGGAGGAGUAGUAAGUGCAGAGAAGAUAGAACUGAGUCCUGAGAGCAGUGAUCGUAGCUUUUCUGACCCACAAUCCACUACUGAUAGGGUGGGAGACAUCCAUAUCAUGGAGGUAUCAAAUAACCUGGAACACAAGUCUACCUUCAGUAUCUCAAAUUUUCUAAAUAAAAGUAGAAGUGGUGGCUUCAGUGCCAAUCAAAACAGCGAUGACAAUAUUCCAAAUACCACCAGUGACUGCAGAAUGGACAGUGAUGCCCCUUACCUAAUAAGUCCAGAGUCAGGGCCUGGUGUUGGCCAUUCAUCUGCCACUGUUUCUCAUGUCGAGAAUCCAUUUAGCGAGCCUGCAGAUUCUCAUUUUGUUAGACCAAUGCAGGAUGUGAUGGGUCUCCCCUGCGUACAGACUUCUGGGUACCGUGCAGCAGAACAGUUUGGCAUGGAUUUUCCACGGUCGGGCUUAGGCUUGCACUCCCUGUCGAGGGCAAUGAUGGGCUCAGUAAGAGGUGGAGCUAACAGCUUUCCUGGUUACCGACGCAUAGCCCCUAAAAUGCCUGUGGUGACUUCUGUCAGGAGCUCCCAGAUGCAAGAUAACUCAUCCAGUUCCCAGCUGAUCAUGAAUGGGACCACUUCUUUUGAAAACGGGCAUCCAUCGCAACCUGGUCCGCCACAGCUGACACGGGCGUCUGCAGAUGUCCUUUCAAAAUGCAAGAAGGCCUUAUCGGAGCACAACGUCUUGGUUGUAGAAGGUGCACGCAAGUAUGCAUGCAAGAUCUGCUGCAAGACGUUUUUGACCUUGACAGACUGCAAGAAACACAUCCGUGUGCAUACGGGAGAAAAGCCUUAUGCCUGCCUCAAAUGUGGCAAGCGGUUCAGCCAGUCCAGUCACCUGUACAAACACUCCAAGACAACCUGCCUGAGGUGGCAGAGCAGCAAUCUGCCUAGCACUUUGCUUUAACCUUAUCCACUCCAGGCCUGAAGGAGCAUGCCAGUGCAGACAUCUAGCUCCCUGAAGUACCUGAACAUGAACACUGUUUUCUUGAAGGCUGCAGGCUUAAAAGCUGCUCUGGUCAGUCAGUGAACACAACAUAGGAUUGUGCCACACACACAAAAGUCUUGGUUCUAUAAAUUGGGGAUAUUACUGUACCUACCUCACAGGGAUGUUGUGAGGCUUAAACAGCUGUAAGCAGAGAACUUGAGGAUCAUCAGAAGUCACACUAUAGGUGUGUGAUUACAGUGAUGUACAUUCAGGCCUUGGGCUGAUGGGGAUAAAAUCAAUAAAGCUCAGCAGUUCCUUUGCAGGGCAGAGGAGUGAGAGCAUAGUUAAUCUCAAGAAGUAGCAUGUUUCAAGAAUGAGAAACUAAGUGCAAAUUUCCUCUUUCUUCUUUUUUUUAAUUCUCCCCCCCCCCCCAAAGUAUUUUGUAAAAUUUCAAGCAUUUAAAUAAAUGACCUGUAAACCAAGUUGUUGCAUUAUGUGUGGACAGUAAUGCAAGCACUGUUUACUGUAACUGAUGCAGACCAUGUAUCUUGAAAAGAGAAAACUUUGGAUGCACCUGUCUGACAUAAUGCUUUAAAAUAUGCUAAUUAUAAGAAUAGUUUUAGGGUCAUGAAUGUAUGUUUGGCUGUUUUGUAGUAAAGGACACUGUGUAAUGAAGGUGCUUAAAUUAAAUCCAAGACAAGUAACUUUUGGACUGCCAGAUGUGUAUAUGAUUUGAAUACAGCAAGAUCUGGAUGUUUGAUUUUUUUCUGUAGAAACUUGUAAGUGGUAAGUGAAGUACUGUUUCUUGUUCGUGCUAUUCUUAGCAGUAUUUUAACCAAUUUGUAUCUCCUAUGUUAAAAUUCUAUAUACACGGAAGUCUGAAAAGAGCUUGCCUUUGUCUGCUUUGUUAUUUUCAAGGAGAGAGAUAAUUUGUGAUGGCUUUUUUACUGCGUAAGAUAGUCUCUUGCUGUUUCCAGAUGCUGUCAAUCUGAUCCCUGUUAUUGCAGAAACAUACUGUUUUUUUUCUGACACUCGUAUCUUUAGGCUUUAAUUUCCUCCUCUGUACACUUACUUACUUUUCUUCACAAAUGUGGAUUGUUCUUCAGGUCAAACUAGUCAGGGAUAAUCCUCAUCUGCCGUAUUUAUCUAUGUCUUUAUAAAAUGUAGUUGUCAAAUCUAGUCCUUCCUGUUAAAGCAGUGUCAAAAAUGUACUUUUCCACAUACAUUUAUAAAAAAAAAAUUAAUUUAAAAAAAUAGCACUGUACACUUUGUAUAGCAGAAAUUCAGUGAUCAUUAUUCAUCAAGUGAGUUGUGUAAAUCUUGCUUUAAUUUCCUUUUCUUUCAUGCUAUUGUAACUAACACUGUCUGCAGUGGUUUGUUGUUUUUGUUUUUUUUUUUUUAAUUAAAGAUACACAUGAACUAACUACAGGCAUUCAGCAUAUUAGAUUUGUAAAUAAAAUUUUUGGGCAUUUCUGCUGAUAAAUACUGCCCUGCCUUAUAGGAGCUGGGUCAGAGCUACAGCAUGUCUUUUCUGCUCAGGAGAGACAGGAUUUACAUUUCCUAGUGUCUAAGUCACAGAGCAACAGCUUUCCAUUAAUAUUAAAAAAAGAAUGGCAAAUCUUCUGCUCUUUUAUUAUUCCGUGUAGCAAAUGUAUCCUCUGUGAUGAUAUUCAGCAGUUUUAUGGAAUUUGUGCUACCUAAUAGUUAGCUUUCUUAAACAUCUCAGAUUUAUAUUUAGAUAAACUGAAAAUAAAGUCCUAAUCCACAGUUCUGUAGGUCAUUUAACAGUAUGAUAUCAAAACUGUUGAAGCACAGAAACCAAACAGUCACUAAACUGUCACAAACCAAAGGAAAUAUAGAAAUCUUUCUGUACCUGGCUUUAUGUGAAACAGUAGUCCACUAAUAGGGAAGUGUGUCUUCAUCUCUAAUUACACUGCUUCAUGUUUAAGAAAAUUGCCAGAUGUCUGUCAAAGUGUCAUUUGUACCUUGAGCAUCCAAGUUAAACAGGAACAGUGAAUGACUGGAUUAAUUUGUUUAAAAUAUUAAUAUGUUGUCAUAGGAUUUAUUUAAUGGUCAUAUUUCUGGCUCUUGAUUUUAUAAGCAUUAAGGAAAUGUGCUGCAUUUUUUUAAAGCAUUAGGAUGUGCCGUAUUUUAAUUUAUAAUAAUUUUGGUAUCAGGGGACUAACAGCAUUGAGCUAUACUAAGCAAUCUCACUGAAACAUUAAUAAACUGCAGUAUUUUGUACUUCAGUAUUUUCUCGUGUAGCCUUAUUAGUAAUGUCCUGACAUCGUUUCAACUCCCUUGCAUUUAUAGUGUUUUGUUUUAAAAAUAGGGGGUUUUUAUAUUUUCUGUCUGGUCCUAUAGCACAUCUGAAUUCCUUGAAUUCUUACACAUCACAAUAAAGCAUCUAUCUGAGUAACGAGAUUAGAGUAAUUAAGAACUAAUAUGAGCAGAUAAAUAUACUUAACCAUGCUUUUGAUCUGUUUUUGUAAAAAUGAUAUUUCAGAAUACCAGAACUUGUGCAGGAGGACUUCUUUCUUUAAGAAAAGAUUCAACUUAGAGCAUUUUUUGGAAGUAGCAAUUUUAAAUUUCAUUAUUCAUUGACAUCUAGUGCAUCUGGAGGAGCACACUGCAAACCUGGGAGCCUGUGGCUGGCUUGCUGCUAUCUUAGACUUCCAGUAUGAAGCAAUACCUCAGAAUGGUUAUCUCCACUUAACUGUCCUCUACAGUAAAACGAGAGUCUCUCAUCUCAAAGCCUAGUAGCUAGUAGCUUUGUCAGAAUUUAUCACCCUGACUUUUGUUCAAAAUUUAACUUUGCAAAUGCUACAGUGACAUCUCAUGUGAAGAUGUCCGUAUGUUAGUAUUAUGAAGCAUCUGAAAAUAAACCCUGCAUUUUUGUGCUGCUGUGUCUGAUUU